AGAAAAUCAUAUUUAAAUUCACCAGAUGCCUCAAUACUGAACCAGCUGCAGGAGCAGCUCUUGGACCAACGGCGGCUCGUCGAAAAGCUGGAAACCGAGCGCCACUCGAACCGUGCUAAAAUUAAGGAACUAUCCGAACAAAUCGUCCUGCUCCAGAAGAGGAACGCCGAAAGCAGUCACUUUGGUAGCGAGGGCGAAGACUCGCCGGAUGCUCUGUCGGAGAUUGACCGCCAGCAGGAGCUGUACAACAACAUUAGCAUGAAGAACAAGCACAUCAAGCGACUGCUGCGAGACCUCGACGACCUGGAGAAGAGGAACCGCUUUCAGAUCGAUACGAUCAACAGCUUGCAGGUGAGCUUGAACGACGCCACGAAAAACCUGACGACGCUGACGGACGAGUUUGAGGAGAUGAAGGCCGUGUUGAAAGAACAGAAAGUGAAGAUCGAGGAAGCGAACGAGAAGAUUCAGAAGUCGGAGGAGCGGAUCAGUGAGCUUGAAGAGGAGAAGACACGCUGCGAGGAAGACUUGGAGGACUUUUCGAAAAAGCUGGAAGAUAGAACGAUCCGUUGGAAGGAAGUUUUGGGAACGAAGCAAGCCGAACUGGAGGAAAUCCAGGCAAAGUACGCGGAACUGCUGGAUCGCUUCCCGGGGUAUGAUGUAGAAGCGGAAAGGAAGGAGUUUAAGAAGAUGGCAUCGCGCUUGCACGAGAAAGAUGAGUUGAUCGAGCAGCUCGAGCAGAAAAUCACACUUCUAUCACAGGAGAUUUUAACAUCUACCGAGCUGAUGAAUCGGAUUUCGCAGGAGAAGGAAGUCGCCAGCAAGGAGACGGUGAAGGUGAGUAACUGUUGCGAGGGCAGCCGUCAACUGCUGGACAAAGCGAACAAACGGUGCAAAGAGCUGCAGGAAAUGCUCGCCGGUGUCGAGGAAGAUAAUAUGCUCAAGUCUCGCCAAGCGGUCGAAGCUAUCGAAGCGCUGAGACGGUACGAAAGCGGCGAGGAAGGACUGGCAACGGCACUGAAGAAGAUCAACCGGCUGCACGAGAAGGUCAACGUGCGGGACAAACAGAUACGGGAGCUGGUGGCGGAGAUCAACCUGGCGAACGAGAUCGCGAUGGAGAAUGCUGUGUUGAGAAAACGACUGGGAAUCAGCGACGACGAAGCAAUACCAACGCAUUCCGUGCUGUCGAAGCAAAGAAAGAUCGAGAAGGUGAACGAGCGGCUCGCACUGAAGCUGCGUGCAUCGGAGGAGAUGCGAUUGCAGUUGAAGUUGGAAAAGAAUGACUUGAAGAGAAAAUUGUUUCAAAUGUCUCAAUCACUGAGCAGCCAAAGAAGCUCCGACAAAGAGAAGAAUGAUCAAGUGGAACCAAGCGCACAGGAAAGUGAAGCAAAUAACGAUCAUGCGGAUGCAGACGAGGUGUCAGGAUCAGUACCGUUGAAUGUAAAGUUCUGUGAGAAAUGUAUGAAGCAGUACAACGUUCACGAUAGUAUGAAGUACUGCAAGGCGUGCAUUUUUCGGCAAAGUUUCAGCUACUGCGACGGAUGUAUCAAGAAGCUGAAGGUCAAUUUCAAUAGCGAGGAGCAGUCGCUUCCACGGAGAGAUAAUGGUAUGCUGGAGGAAGUGGAAAAGAAGUACGCUGCGGUGGUGGAAGAGAACGAAAACUUGCGCAUAGGAAUGCACGAGAUCCUUCAGAAGCUGCGUGACUAUGACGCAAUGUCCAGCCAGAUAACGAUCGAUACGUCAACGUUGGAGAGAUUGCUGCAUGCGCUGGACGCACGUAGUGUUAGUGGUUGGUAUCAUCCGGCGAUGCGUCUACAGAACGAACUGCUGGCGACCAGAGAGCGCGAGUUGUUGCUGAAGGAACGCUUGAGCAAGCAGAGUACAUCUCUGUCGAUAGGAAGUCGAGACGAUUCGGGGAAUGUGUGCGAUGAUGACACGGCGGAUAUGGACCAGCAGAUGGCGAUUGUUGAGCCGACAGACUUCAGUGAGCAAGUUUUGUUAAAGUCAGUGGAGAUUGAUCGAUUGAACGAAGUGAUUGAAGAACUUAAGAAUGAGCGAGAUCGGUUGGUACAAUCCAACGAUGAACUCGCAGUGACGAAGCGGAUGUACGAAGAACUGUUGCAGUUUACAAGAUCAACUGAUGAUGAGAAGGACAGACUGCUGGUGGAAACACUGGACCGACUGAAGCACAUUGAGUCGAACAUCUGCGCAUAUCAACGAAAAAUAGACUACCUCAAAGCUGAGAAUGAUAACCUGCACAACGCGAUGCGGGUUAUCAAGGUGGAUCACUUGAACGUUCUUCACGGACUGAAGACGGAGCUUGCACGCAAGAGUAGUACGCUGAGGAAGAUGGAAUCACAUUCGGAGUCGGUUGAGAAAAGUGGAAGCAGUUCAGAGUUGGAUUCGAUAGAGAGGUUGGAGGGAGAAAUCGAACGGAUGAAGCUGGAAACUGCAAAUUUUUACACGAUCUUCCUUAAGAACAUUCAAGAAGUGGACAAGGAAAAUAUGAUUGAACUGGAAUAUGAUACAUUGUCCAGGUUCGGCUUGGUAGAUGCCAAUUUAGCUAUUGAGUUUAUACCGAAGGAAGAGUUUAAGCGAACCAAGCAUCAGCUACAAUCAAUUGAAGAGGACUUGAAGAGACAAACCACCAAGAACGGUCACCUGCAGGAACUGCUGAAAGUAUCCCAGGAACAAAUCCGUUCGCAGCAAACGCUGCUUUCGAAGUACGCUGACGAGGAGAUCAGUCUGCGUCAUUUGGUGGCCGACUUGCAGAGUUCUUCCAACGAGAAAUAUCUGCUGGCAAAGAUUCAGAAAGAGCUAGAUUUGGCUGUUGAACAAGUUGAGUUUCUGAAGCUGGAUAAUGCCAAAAUGAAGCAGUCGCUAAUGGAAGCUACCUUAGAACUGGAGAAGGCGAAGGAACAGCGAACGCUACAGGAGUUGGACUUUAUCGAUCGGCAGAAGGAUAACAGCCUGAAGAUCAAGUUUCUAACCAAGAGCGUAAGGAUCCUUCAUGACAACUACAACGCAUUCACGCCAACGUACGCGGUAACGGACUUUGUGAAACAGUACGCAAACCUGUUGGAGCAGAAGAAAGACUUUGUUCGGGAGCGGUUCGAGAGCCUGAGUCGUAGUAGACACGAAGAGUACGAGCGACUGUUUAGCAAGCUGAAGGAGAAUCUCGAGGGGAGUCAGAUUCAGGAUAAGAUCAAUUUGAUCAAGUUUGAAAGCCAGUGUGAGUAUCUGACAAAACAGUUGAUACUGGCGCAGGACCAGGUGGAACAGCUACAGGAAGAGAACUCAAACUUGAAACUGAAGAACGUUGAAAACACUCAGCACUGGGACACCAUUGAGCUGAUAUUCAACGGUGAAGGAAAAUCUACGAAACAAAAGGACAAGUACUUCGACAAGGAAGUUCAAGUAUCAGUUGAAAUCGACCACAAGUGCAUCAACACCAUACCGAUCAUCGACGACAGUCUGGCGGAGAAGCCUCGGAUGGCAACGCCUCCAGCUACGCGUAAAACCUCCGAAGCGGCCCAGAUGACGGAUGAAGAGCUUAGCGAUCCAGUGUCGGCUCCACCGGUCACGGUAACGAUCACGAGCGUACAGCAAAGGUCGCUGGAAUCCCAGCUAAAGCAAGCUAUGAUGCUGGCGUCAACCAGAAGUGCCCUGCUGUUGGAAAACGAAAGUCGUCUAAUGGCAUGCCACGGCAGGAUCAAACUGCUGGAGAAGACCUUGGAAGAUAAGGAGGAGCAGCUGCGGAGGGAAAAGUCCGACAGGGUUGCGUCCGGCGGCUUAGACAAGCUGGACGACAAUAUUUUGAGCACGACAAUCGGUUCGCUGCAGGGACUGCUGCUGGAGAAAGACACGACUCUGUCGAGGUAUCAGGAAUUGCUGCGAAACGAGCGCGAAGAACACUCGAAAGCAUACGACGAGCACGUGGUUCAGAUUAAGGCACUCAAGAAGGAAAUCGACGAGCUGGAGCAGAAGGUGUACGACAAGCAGAAGCAAACGGACAACCUGCAGACACAGCUGCGGGAUUUGAACGAGUAUAAAAUGCAGCAGGAGUCGGCUGCUGUCGAGCGGGAAGUUCAAGUGGUAGAUAAACAAUUAGAGAAGCCUGAACUGGUGUACACGGACAACAUCAUUGAGAACAUUUAUGAGAUUGAUCAGAAGAAGGAGGAGGAAAUUGAGGCGUUGAAGGUUCAGGUUAAGGCAGUGGAGAACAAACUACGAAAUGCAGAAGAGGAAUUGAAGAAAGCACAAGUUCUAAUGAGAGAGUGUACUGAAGGAGAAGAGACUGGAACGAGUGCUGAGGAGAAAGAAGCGGAGAUUGUGGCACUGAAUGAUAAGCUUGUAAGAGAACAUGAAGACUACAAGGAACUGACGGAGAACGUGGCCAGUGCGCAGGAGAUCGAACAGUUGCGCGAAAUGCUAGAGGAGAAAGAUCGUCACAUUCAGGAUUUAACGGAAACCCUCAGCCAAUUCCACGAUGAUCAGCAAAAGUUCAUGAACGAUACGUCACUGCACUCAGCCGAGCAGGUUUCGCAGUUGAGUGCGGAUCUCAACCGUAGCGAAGCGUCUAAUCGUGUGCUCAAGACGCAGCUCGAAGCACUGAAGCGACAAAUCUUGAGUGUUCAGCAGCGCGAAAAGCAAUCUCGGGAGCUGGUGAAGACGUUGAAGAACCAACUGAUCAAGCGUCCCGUCAUUUCAAUGAAGCCGGAGCGAACAACGACACCGCGCGAGGAUCAGCUUGCGCGCAAGGUCCAACAGCUGGAGACGGAACUGCUGGACACGAAGGACGAGCUGCGCAAGCAAGUCAGCAUCAACGAGAAUCGACGCGCAAAGAACGCGGCAGAGCUGGAUCUGUGGAACAAGCAGAAACGCUGGCAACAGAUCGCCGAGAAGCUCAAGGCGCAGCUGAAGGAGCGCGAGAUCGAGCUCGACAAGCUGAAAGUCCACUUCAACUCGGCCAAAGCAACCAUCGGACGUUUGGAGCGUGAGAAGGCCCUGCUGGAAGGACGGGGUGCGGUUCGUGGAAGCAGCGGUGGAUCGGGCACGAGUGCAAGAUUCGUCGGAUCCGACAGCAACAAAUACACGACGGCGGAAUCGCCGGAUUCGUGUACGACUGAGAGUACCGGUUCCGACGAUGCCUGUACCGAGCUGAACACGUUCGCCCAGAACAGCAAGGAGAUUAUCGAAGCGCUGAAGAGUCGGAUCGAAUCGCAGCAGCGGCGGAUCAUAGCGAUGGAGUUGGAGCGGAAGGGCUCCAACACGAUGACGCACGAGUUUGAGAAGCUACAGGAGAAGAUAUCUAGUUUGGAGGCGCAGAACAUCCGGCUGGAAGCGAAGACGCUGCAGCUGCAGCUCGACAACGAUAUGCUGCGUAAAAGCGACGAAUCGGAGCGGAUGAGGGGUCAGAUGAAGCAUCUCGAGGACUACAUCCAAAUCCUAAAGGACGAGUUGGCCAAACCCGCCCAGCCGGCCUCCAUCCCCCAGACAAUCAACGUAGAGUGCCAACGAUGUGCUCGGGCGGCAACCAGCGGCGGCGAAAUUUCCGAUUACAGCUCCAAACUCGAGCAAACCGUAAUCGCCCUUCGGAGGGUCGUCGAAAAGCUCAAGGUCGAGAACAAGCAACUUCGCGACGGGAGACCCGGAAGCAGUGGCACCACCGCUUCCUCGCGGGAUAGCUCUAAAUCCGGGUCGCCCUCGAAGGAAGGCUACGAUCGGCUGAAAAAAGACCACGAGAAGCUGCAGCAAAGCUACACGGAAGCGCUGAACCGCGUUGCGGCACUGCAAGUCGAGGUGGAGCUGCUUUCGAGUGCCAACUGUCCGCGCUGCAGCGAAGGGGAAAAGGGACGGAGGGACGAGGGUGAGCAGGACAACGAGUUGGAGCGGACGCUGGAGAAGAAGACGCAACUGUUGGAGAAGGCCAAGAUUUUGCUGACGCGGGCAGCCGCCAAGGAGCGGUACUUGAAGGAGCAGAUUGCGCUGCUGAGAAGGAAAUGUUCAGAUUUGCAGAACGUACCUGUUAUCGAUGAGAUCAGCGAGUAGCGACGAUGAGGAUGACACUGCCAACAAAUUUGAAUUUUCACAUUUUUUUGUAUGUUUUGUGUGCGUUUUUUUGUUGGGUUUGUUCACUCUUUUUUUCCUGCCACAGCCACUGAAGAAAAGGCACUUUCUCACUUUAAGGUGAUUGCAAAUACACGAGUACAUGUUAGGAGUAACUUAAAC